AUGGACCGUAAACCGACCUCGUUUCAUCCACCCACUUCUCUUGCCCCCUUACCAUCCGAUGACCACAUGGUGCUAGGAGCCACAGCAACCUACCCAUCAUCGACCACAGCAGUGUCGAGUUACCCAUGCGAUACGCACUCGUUGGUGGGCUUGGGCAUCUCUCACGGCGAGAUGCACACUCCUGUCAGCAACUUGUCCGUCUACACCGCACCCGAGGCCUUUGCGUAUCCAACAGCAACAACAACAGCCAGCUGGACUACCCAGUCGAUGGUUCCCGGGCCCCUUUUCGACAACACCAUGCACGUCGGCCAUCUGUCACCCCCAGCCACCUAUGAGCCGUUCGUUGACCGCACCGACGACUCGACCUCCCCCAUGAGCUACUACAGCAGUCAGGCUCUGAGCGUCUCAUCCAGCUACGGUCCUAUGGUGGAUAUGGGGUCGAAUCCAGAUGGAAUGACUCAUGCGUUUCGAUCGUGGUCGAAUACCCCUGUCCCUGUUGCUGGUGGCCUCGCCGACGACGGGGUCGAAGUGAAAACAGAGCCUGAGGAUACGUUCGAUCUGCCCUCGGUGGCGGAGACUAACGAGACUGUGGAAGACUCAUUAUUCAACCAGUGGCACAAGCAACAAAACCUCUACAGCGUCGCCCCCAGCUAUUACCCACCGCCUGCGUACCAUGCCAAUGUGGUGAAGUCGGAUCCACACGAAGACAGUCUCGUGAGUGAGGUUCGCAGGACCUCACCAUCAAACGCAUACAAGAAGGGGAUGCCCAAGCCAGACGGCUGUACCUGCACGGUGUGCGGAUACCACUUCACGCGACGUUCCAACUGCAUGGAGCAUAUGAAGAAGCACGAUCCCAGCCGCAAGCGAACCUUCAUCUGCAAUCUUUGCGGCAAUACGCUGGGGCGAAAGGCCGACCUCAACCGGCACAUCGAUAGUAUUCAUCUCGGAUUACGGAAAUUCGGCUGUGAGAAAUGCGGUCAACGUUUCACGCGACAGGACAUACUGAACCGACACUCCGCCGACGGCUGCUACCAAUCCGUCCGAAAAGCGACCCGCGCGAAGAAAAGCAGCAGGGACCAGCAAUCGCAGUCCCCGGAGCAUUCGUCGAAACAUGAUUAGACACGUUGGAAUACGCUGGACAGGGCGACUAUAGAUACGAUUUCGAAGCGGGCCAUUUUCGCGUUGAUCGCGAAUGGCGUGGCUUCUACGAAUUAACGGCCGAGCGAUUCAAUCACCUAUAUACCUAUCUACCUAUCGAUAAAGGUCAUACGACGCAUAGUGU